AUGGGAAGAAUUCCUUGCUGUGAAAAAAAUGGACUUAAGAAGGGUCCAUGGACCUCAGAAGAAGAUCAAAAGCUCAUUGAUUACAUUCAAAAGCAUGGUUGUGGAAAUUGGAGGUUACUUCCCAAAAAUGCUGGGCUUCAAAGGUGUGGAAAGAGUUGCAGGCUACGUUGGACCAACUAUCUAAGGCCAGAUAUUAAAAGGGGAAAAUUCUCUUUUGAAGAAGAGGAAACAAUCAUUCAACUUCAUAGUAUAUUAGGCAACAAGUGGUCAGCAAUUGCUGCUAGCUUGCCUGGAAGGACAGAUAAUGAAAUCAAGAAUUAUUGGAAUACUUAUAUUAGAAAAAAGCUUAUGAGAAUGGGAAUUGACCCUGUGACACACUCUCCUCGUCUUGAUCUUCUUGAUUUUUCCUCCAUCCUAAAUUCUUAUAAUUCAUCUCAAGUCAAUAUUUCAAGAUUGAUGGGAUUGCAACCUAUGGUAAAUCGAGAAGUCUUGAAAAUAUUAUCCACUUUUCUUUUAUCAUCACAAUAUACAGUGAAACCACCCGAAUCCGUAGAUCAAAAGAAUAUCCAAAAAAGUCAACGGUCAUCGUUAGUCCAACUUAGUCAAACUCAAACUGCUACUCGAGAUAUUCCAUGUAUUCCGUUUUCUAGUGAAGCUCAACCAAUGCAACAAGUCCCAGCGGCCUCAGGAGGAGUUCGGAUAGUUAACGGAUCAAGUUUGGAAGUUGAGAGAUUGCUGAAGCUCACCAGCUCUGGUGCAAUUGCCCCUGCAAAGUGGUGA